AUGGAGUCAUCAUCUGAAGUCAAAAGAUCGGCCCAUGUCAUCACUAUACAACCAAAUGAUACAAUACUGACUGCAUUUCCCUAUGGACCUCAGAGCUCUCUGCUGGAUUUCCUGAAGGGAGAGCCAAAAGUCUUGGGGGCUCUCCAGAUCCUGCUUGCAUCGAUCAUUGUGGGCGUUGGAAGUAUAUUUGCAUUUAAUUACAUCAAUUUCUCCCAGAGGUUUCCCCUCGUUUUCCUCACAGGAUAUCCAUUCUGGGGAGCACUUAUUUAUGUUAUUACAGGAUACCUCACAGGAAUCAAUGACAAGGCAAAAUGUAUGGGACAAGGUGUCACGGCCAUGAAUGUUAUCAGCUCCUUGGUUGCAGUGGCUGGGAUUAUUCUAACCAUUAUCAGCUACAGAUAUCAGCACAAAUACUGCCAGACGCCUUCCCUCGAAGGAAUCUGUGUUAUAGGUAGAGUUCUUUACAAUGGAAUUUUGUCAGUCUUACUGAUCAUCAGCAUAGCAGAGCUCAGCAUCGCUGUGACUAUCGUCUCCUUCAGAAGCAAGUGCUGGACAAACUCCAAUGAGAUUGUAUUUUUCUUGCCUUCGGAUGUUACUCAAGAUAGUUCACCAACUGCCCCUGAAGAAAAUGCUGCAAUACAAUUUGAGUUUCAUGAACAGUCUUCUACUAAUGAUUCAAUAUCAAACACUCAGCCUGUUUUCAUUGGAGGCUAUACUUUCUUCAAGUUAAGAAUCUCAAAAAAUCCUUUAACCUUUCGAUAUUCAAGGAGGAGAGGUAGCAAUACUUAUUAUACAUCUUCUGAGUCUGUGCUAGAUGAACAACGGAAAAGUAUCCCUCCACUUUCACAACUUUAUGAGGAAGAAACUAAACUGAAACCUUUUCCUCCUGCAUCAAAGAAAAAGCCCACAGAAAAUAUUCUGCCUACUAAACAAAUAAAAGAUGAAGAUCUAAAAUCUGCUAUCACACAACUCCCAAAAAAGCAAACCCAACUGCAGCAGUCCCAAGCUUUGCCGUCCCUAGUUUCUCCAUCCUAUUCUGUAAAAAAUCCCCAACCGUUAUCACCUAAAGACUUUCCAUCCCAAGCUUUGCCAGCCCAAGUCCUAGUAUCUGAAGCCCCAAAACCCCAUUUCAUGCAGCCUCAUGGCCUAACAUCAGAAGACAUGCCAUACCAAGACAUAUCAUCCCAGAACAUACCAUCUCAAGACAUGCUAUCCCAAGAUCUACCACCCCAAGACAUACCUAACCAAAAUCUGCUUUCCCAGAUACAAACUCUGCCUACACAAGUCAUGCUAUUUGAAGCCCCAACAUUCCAUGCUGCACAGUCCUCUAAUAUACAACGCCUAAAUCAGCAGUCCUUAGAGCUUCAACAACAAAACCAACAAUAUAUGCAAGCAGCAUAUCAAGAUAUGCAAUCAGAAGUCAAGUUACUGACCCAAGAAUGGAAAUCUAAGGAGGACUUCCAUAGCAGGAAAUCCUCCAAGUGGCAAUCCCUAGACUGGCAAAACGAAAAUUUGCAAUCUCUAAAGUCACCUAAUUUAGAGCAACAAAACAAAAGCUUGCAAUCUCCAAAACAAAAAGCCCUAGACCAGCAAAUUCAAGGCCAACAAUCCCUAAAAAGGAAAUCCCUAGACCAGCACAUCAAGGACUGGCUAUCUCCAAAGAGGCACUCUAUAGAUAAGCAAAUCCAAGUUAAGCAAGACAGACAGCAACAGCUAGAUCAGCAAGCUGAGCAAACUGAAGACCUGCAGGUCCAAGAGGAGAAAUCUCUAAAGCAGCCACAUCAAGAUGGGCAACUCCAAAUCCAGGAACACCAAGGCUGGCAAUUUUCAGGCCAACAAUCCCAAGAUUGGAAAGCUCAAGGCUGGAGAAGCAAAGACUGGAAAGUGCAGGAAAUGCAAUUAGAAAUGCCGCAUUCCCUAAAGUGGGAAUCUCAAAUCCAGCAAACCCAAGAUCUAUUAGAAAAAGAAUCCCUAAAGCAGAAAGCUCUACACCAAGAUGUCCAAGCUGUGCAUGCCAUAACUCGACCUCAACAAUUACAGAGCAUUCCAUUUCAAGACAGUCAGUAUCAAGAUAAGAACCAACAAGACCUUAAAUACACAGAUACCCAAAAAGAAGAUAUGCAAACAAACACCAUGCAAACAGACAACAAAUCAGAAGACAUGAAAAGUGAGAGCCAAAACCUAUACAACCUGCAGUUGGAAGACAAAAAGCCAGAUUGUAAUUGUUCCUCCUGCCAAAGCUCAGUGCAAGACACACAUUUCACCUCUACGUCCGAUAUAAAUUCAGAACAAGAUGUUCAGAAAAACAUUUCAAUUUGCUCAACUACAUACCAAGAAGAUAUAACUUUAACUACCACCUCAUGUUACCCGAAAGACCAACAGCAUUCUGAAGACUCUGACUAA